GGAGGAGGAUGCGCUGCAGCUCUGAAUGAAUCCACAGUCAAUGGCCCGCUGCUGGACGGCUGCGCGAUGAACGCAUUGGCUUUUUACAGUCGAAUGCCUGGAAUGAUUAUGGAUAUCUUAUAUUUUAUAUGGAUACUGCCAAUUGUAUCGGCUGUGGAAGAAGUACUAAUGGAUUCAACAACAGCAACAGCAGAACUGGGCUGGACCAUCUACCCAUCACAGGGGUGGGAAGAAGUCAGUGGCUAUGAUGAAAAUAUGAACACCAUCCGAACAUACCAGGUGUGCAACGUCUUUGAUAGCAGCCAGAACAACUGGGUACGCACCAAAUACAUCCGCCGCCGUGGUGCUCAGCGCAUACAUGUUCAGAUGAAGUUCUCAGUACGUGACUGCAGCUCUAUACCCAAUGUCCCUGGCUCCUGCAAGGAGACCUUCAACCUGUACUACUAUGAGUCUGACUCAGACACGGCUACUAAAUCAUCCCCACCCUGGAUGGAGAAUCCCUGGGUGAAAGUUGACACCAUAGCAGCUGAUGAAAGCUUCUCUCAGGUUGAUCUUGGUGGUCGCAUCAUGAAGAUCAACAGUGAAAUCCGGAGUUUUGGACCUGUUUCACGCAAUGGCUUCUACCUCGCUUUCCAGGAUUAUGGCGCCUGCAUGUCACUUAUUGCUGUUCGCGUCUUCUACAGGAAAUGUCCCAGAGUGAUCCAGAAUGGUGCCAUCUUUCCUGAGACUCUGUCUGGAGCAGAAAGCACCUCACUGGUGGCAGCCAGAGGGGUGUGCGUUCCUAAUGGUGAGGAGGUGGAUGUACCCAUUAAGCUGUACUGUAAUGGGGAUGGGGAGUGGAUGGUACCCAUUGGGCGCUGCAUGUGCAAAGCCGGGUAUGAGGCGGUGGACAAUGGUACAGUCUGCAGAGCUUGUGCAUCAGGCUUCUUUAAGGCUGCACAGGGAGACCACAAAUGUCUGCAGUGCCCUAUUAACAGUCGAACCACAAGCGAAGGAGCAACUAAUUGCGUCUGUCGCAACAACUACUACCGCACUGACUCUGACCCUCCACAGAUGCCCUGUACCACCGUUCCAUCAGCUCCACAAAAUGUCAUCUCCAUAGUGAAUGAGACGUCUCUGAGGCUGGAAUGGAAUCCACCACAGGAGGGUGGUGGCCGAGAAGAUGUUGUCUACAAUAUCAUAUGUAAGAGCUGUGGCAGUGGGCGUGGCGGUUGCACCCGCUGUGGAGACAAUGUGCAGUUUGUCCCACGUCAGCUGGGACUGACUGACACCCGCGUCCACAUCAGCGACCUCCUGGCUCACACCCAAUACACCUUUGAAAUACAAGCUGUCAAUGGAGUGUCUGACCAGAGCCCUUAUUCACCCCAGUACACGUCUGUCAACAUCACCACCAACCAGGCUGCACCAUCAGCAGUGUCCAUCAUCCACCAGGUCAGCAGAACCCCUAACAGCAUCACGCUGUCCUGGUCCCAGCCUGAUCAGCCCAAUGGAGUUAUCCUGGACUAUGAACUGCAAUACUAUGAGAAGAACCAGGCAGAGUGGAACUCAUCUCUAGCAAGAAGUCAGACCAACACCGCAGUCGUACGAGGCUUGAAGCCAGGAACUAUCUACGUCUUUCAGGUUCGGGCUCGGACUGUCGCUGGAUUUGGACGCUUUAGUGGCAAAAUGUACUACCAAACCAUGACUGAAGAGGAAUAUAACUCCAGUAUCCAAGAGAAGCUCCCUCUCAUCAUUGGUUCAGCUGCUGCAGGGGUAGUCUUCAUCAUUGCAAUUACUGUCUUCAUAAUUGUCUGCCGCAGCAGGAGAAGUUCAGACAGACCAGAAUCAGAGUACACAGAUAAACUCCAACAUUACACCAGUGGUCACAUGUCACCAGGGAUGAAGAUCUACAUUGACCCCUUCACGUAUGAAGACCCCAAUGAAGCAGUCAGAGAGUUUGCCAAGGAGAUAGAUAUUUCCUGUGUCAAGAUUGAACAAGUGAUUGGUGCAGGUGAGUUUGGGGAGGUGUGCAGUGGAAACCUCCGUCAGCCUGGGAAGAGAGAGAUCCUUGUGGCUAUUAAGACACUGAAGGCAGGCUACACUGAACGCCAGAGGAGAGACUUCCUAAGUGAGGCAUCAAUCAUGGGCCAGUUUGACCAUCCUAAUAUCAUCCAUCUGGAGGGAGUGGUGACCAAGAGCAGCCCUGUGAUGAUCAUUACUGAGUUCAUGGAGAACGGCUCUCUCGACUCCUUCCUCAGGCAAAAUGACGGGCAGUUCACAGUGAUCCAGCUUGUGGGAAUGCUGCGAGGCAUAGCAGCGGGAAUGAAGUACUUGUGUGACAUGAACUAUGUCCAUCGAGACCUGGCUGCUAGGAACAUCCUGGUCAACAGCAACCUGGUGUGCAAAGUGUCUGACUUCGGCCUGUCUCGCUUCCUGGAGGAUGAUACUUCAGACCCCACCUACACCAGCGCGCUGGGAGGAAAAAUUCCCAUCCGGUGGACAGCUCCAGAGGCCAUUCAGUACAGGAAGUUCACCUCUUCCAGUGACUGCUGGAGCUAUGGCAUCGUCAUGUGGGAGGUGAUGUCAUAUGGAGAGAGGCCCUACUGGGACAUGAGCAAUCAAGAUGUUAUCAAUGCCAUAGAGCAGGACUACAGGUUGCCACCCCCUAUGGAUUGUCCUAGUGCCCUGCAUCAGCUGAUGUUGGACUGUUGGCAGAAAGACCGGAACAACCGGCCCAAAUUCAGCCAGAUUGUCAGCACCUUGGAUAAGAUGAUUCGCAACCCCAACAGCCUCAAGGCCAUGACGCCACUAUCAUCAAGUGUUCACUUACCUCUCCUUGAUCGCAGCACUCCAGACUUCUCCUCUUUCAGCACAGUGGAUGAGUGGCUGGACGCCAUUAAGAUGGGCCAGUACAAGGAGAACUUUGCCAAUGAAGGCUUCACCAGUUUUGAUGUGGUGUCUCAAAUGACCAUGGAGGACAUCCUCAGAGUGGGAGUGACAUUAGCCGGCCACCAGAAAAAGAUCCUCAACAGCAUCCAGUCCAUGAGGGCCCAGAUGAACCAGAUCACUUCAGUGGAAGUGUGAUCUCACAGACCAGGAGCACAUAGGCUCUGUUUACCCAGAAACCCAGCAGCCACCAAACCUGCAUUCUCCUGGAACCUGGACGGUGACUUCAAUCCAACCUCAGCUUCACCCUCCCUCCAAACUCUCUCCAGAAGGUUCCUUCAGCCUGCAGCACUGCACAGACAUUUGGUAGUUUUGUCAUAGCUGUUUUAUGUUCAGGUAACACUUGGGACUUUGAUGUUGUAGUUUCCCUUGACCACAACCAUCCAGACUCAGUCUUCAAACUGCUCAGUCCAUGUUUAUUUAAUGGGAUACCUUGUUAAUUGAAUUUAUUCUAUUAAAUGGUAACACACCACACUUGAUUUCACUAUCACCAGGUUGAAAUGUUCCAUAAGAAAACAAAUUAGAGUCAAUAUGAUUUUGAGCUUGUACAGUGACAUUCAGAAAUAUUUUUUAAAAAUCUACCUUUGUAAAAAGUUGUUCUUCUGUGACCCAGAUGAGUUUGCAUACAUACACAGCAUAUUAAUUAAACCCACCGCCAUCUAGAAAACCUACUAACCCUUCAGUACCUGCAGAUGAAGCUAACAGAGCCACCUACUCUCCAAUGGACUCUGCUUUGUGAUUGGUUUGUCACUGUCACUGUCCAAUCAGAUUGAGGUGUAAAGACAGGGUCAAAAUUGUCUUUGUUACUUCAGCGUCACACAUUUUGUGGGAAUGUGAAGCAUUUUACACAUAGUUUUCUGCUCUAUUUGUAAGUUCACAAAAUCACUUCUUUUUUUAAAAAAAAAAACAAAACAAAACAAAUUUAUAAUGUACAAACUUAAGUUUCUCAUGCAGAUUUAUGAAAUAUAUUUUUGGAAUUAUUUGUAUUAUCAUUGUAGAUGCUCAAAAUCCUUUUGAUCAUAAUUUGACCAAUUUCUUUUUUUACCCAUACACUUGCCAUUACCAGUAGAAACCACAGGUGUUGCCAAAUCAACCUUAAGCAAUCAAUCUUAAUGAUUAUAGCUUUAACUAAACACAUUAACUAGCAUUAUAUUCACCCAGUGUCAGCUCAUAUUGGAUCCAGACCCCCAUGACCCUGAAAAGAUAAUCGGCAUAGCUAACGAAUGGAUGGAUGGGUGGAUGGUAUACACAGUUUACUGUCCUGCUUACACAGCUCCACAUACUGUACCUGGCCAAUCGCUGCAUAAAGAAUGUGCUUGUUGGAUUUUCUGUUUCGGAACAUUACACAAAUUGUUGGACACAACUCCCAGCCAUUGGAUAGGGAGUCGCAGAGGCACUUUGUGUGAAGCAGAUAGUAGUUUUAUUUCCAGUAGUUUAUUUUGUCCAAUUCAAAACAUUUUAUUUGGGACAAGGGACGAUUUGAAUCGAGUUUGGAAACAGAAAUACACACAAACAGUUCAUUAACGUGAAAAAUAAAAAUACAAAACAUAUGAAAAAGACAGAAAUACACAAUGUUUAAUGGCUAUGGGAACCAAGGUGCAGCAGUGUGGUCUCUACUUGUAAUUGCUACCUGUGUUGGUGGUGGAAGAGCUGCUGUUGUGGUGGCAGCAGCUUAAACUAUUUACCUGCUUAAUAGAAUCUAACAGUCUUUGCACUCUACUAUUAAUACAAACUAGCUGUGUGUGCUGGUCGGUGCCUGGUUUCUAUUUGGUUCUCCAGCUGCAACUCAGUUUGACUCCUGUUAACAUUGUUAAUGUUAGUGUUGCUCAGAUAGUGGUUGCUUUGGGUUUUCCUCACUCUGUUUAUUGGCUCCUUUGCAAUGAAGUGAAGAGAUUUGCCCUUUAAAAGCCUCUUUAAAAGGUCACUAAAUAUUCCAAUGCCUCUGCUGUGAAAGAACCACAUGCAGUAGCUACCAUCAAUUUUUACAGACAAAACAGUCUCCUUAAGAAUCCUUUGUGUGCUGACUGUGUGAAAAUGGUGUAAAAUGGCAUGACUGCUGAUAUUUUGAAAAGUUAGUGGGUUGAUAAUCUUGUUUUUUACACACAUCUUCUUACCAUUUUUAUCCUUGAAAUAUGCUUCGGUCACCUGGAAUGGAUCAUAUCUUAGUGUUGAUUGGACCAUAUGCUGUCUGUUGUUCACCGUGAUUUCACUGUCCUAUUUACUGUGAAGCUGCUAGUUAGUCACUUUAAAGUCUGGGUCAGGCUAUGGGUUUGGAAACAAUACCUUGCGAUCAAAUGCUUCAUACUUUACAGGCAUAGUGUUUCCAGUUCAGAAGAAAUCAGUGUUACAGUGAAAACACAGUCAUCAUCUUGUACAUAUCAAUAUACAUUUUUUUUUUGUCAUACAGUGCCCCCAAAUAACAGAUUGGUGUUCAUUACAAUUGGCACUCUAGCACUAAUUUGUUUGAGUGAUUCACUUCAGUUUAGUUUAUAUGCUACCUGAUUUUGAGAAAAUAUCUUGUAGUCCCCAAAAAGUUUCCUCCUGGCUCAAUUGUUUCUGUCUUUUAUAAGGUGUCACAGGUUGAACAUAAAACAUUGCAGUCACCAAAGAUAAAAUAUCUCAAUUAUCUAUAUCUCACCAAUAAUGUGUGUGUGCAUGUUUGUUAAUUGUCAUCUUAUGCUGAUAAAAGACAAAACUGGAGGACAGAUACCUCUGUGUUCAAUCACUCACCACACAUUUAUUAAACUCAACAACAAAGCAUAGCAUAUUUAGCAUUUAGCUAAAACUCUGUGUUCCUCCUCUUAAUUGGGACUACCACAACCUACAAAAUCUGCUCCUAGACCUACAUGGGUAAAGAUAGGCCUGCAUUUUAUUUUUUGUAAAAUGCAGUUUCAUAAGAUUCAAGAUUCAAGACUAAGAUGAAAUCUGUGAUUUUGGUGUGCUGGAACUCAGCAACUCAAUUUAAAAAGCAGCUUCAAAAAGCAUUGUUGCCAUGGCCUGUGUUGCACUUGUGAACGUAUCCUCAAAGCUGGUAGUGAUCAUGUGCGACCUGUUGUACUUGCAACCUGACCACAUUCAUUGGCAAUGUAUCAUUGCACAGAUGUAUUGUAUUUUCUGCACUGUUGUGCACAGAGUCUGCACAGAUCCUGUAGCAACGACUAGUUGCAAGCACAAGCAGGAAGUGUAAUUUUAUUGUCCGUGAUACUUUCUGCAUGUAUGCAUUUUCAUGGUUGGGUUAUUGAACAUGCCUUCCAGACAAAGGCCUCAGGAGCUCAAGGAGCCCUAAGCUAGCAUAGAUUUUUGAAGAAGUUGUUACACAAGAUUCACUUUGCAGAAUGAAAGGACCCCUCUUAGAAAAGACAUCAGUAUUCCCUCUGAGGCUGUCACAAGAACAAUAACACUUCCUACAACCUGAAAGAAUGUCACUGCCUUCCAAAAUGGCCGAGAUAUCAAAGCAAACAAAUAAGAAAAUAGCUUAUUUGGAUGAUAUUGUUUCUCAGAAGCUUCCAAAACCAUCACAAAUCAGUGUUACAAAGCCCAUAUGACUGUUAAGGUUACUGUGAUUUAGAUGUUACUAGGUUUGGGCUUCAUCUAGGUUAGGGAAAUAUUGUGUAAUGGUUUGGGUUAGGGUUUGUGAGACCAUAACAAUGUUAUGUUAGUUCUGCUAGUUCUGCCUUGGAAGGGGUUAUAACUCAUGUGGCUCUUAGAGCUGUAAAUACAGGCAGUUUUAUGCAUUUGAACAAUCAACUAAUGUCAUUGUUUUUCUUGUGAGGACAGUCUUCUCAAGAAAUAAAGCAUCAUGAUCUCCUUCAAAAUGAGUUUUUAAUCCUCUCAGGUUUUCUUUGUGACAUGCAGGUCCUCUGCUCCAUAGUUACACCAUGAAGUGUGGACCCUCUGAUUAUCUGUCCAUGUGCAUAUUCCCUUUAUGGCUUAAAAUGUACCAGCUGAGGUGAGAUGCUGAGUUUCAGAAACCACUUUGGGUGGGGAUUCUAAAGGGAACAUGACUUUAAACUUCAUAGAAACAGUAGACUCUAUGAACUCUACUCUGUCUUUGUUUUUGCUUUUUUUUAAUGUGAAUUUUGAUAAAACUGUGCUUUUUAUAAAUGUUAUGCGGAUAGGACAAUAAUUUAUACUUCACAGAAUGGAAGAAUGAAUUCUCCCCUUGGAUAAUGUGAUGUCUGAUUCUCUUUUGGUAUUGGGACGUUUGGCAUAUUUAACCUCUUCCUUCUACUGUACCAGCACAAAGCACAGGUUUACCCAUUCACUGUUAAUGUACUGUAUGUACAUGAGGCCUUACUGACCUCAAAACCCUGAAGUUGGUCUUGUUUGUAAAUGGUCAUAGUAUCCUCAAUCAUAUAUAAGGUACAACGCUCCUGAUUUUGUGAUAGCCUCCGCUAGCACCCCAAUCCAUCAGAUUUCCUUCCAGCUGACAGUUGAUUUCGUGAAAGUCAAUGUUAUUCUAAACCAGGAAGGUUAGUUCUUCUUUAUGGUCUGAUCACAAAAUCACAAUUUUUACAGUGCAGGUUUGGAUUUAUAUUAUUGUUCAUUUCAUGUGUUACUCAUACUGGCUGGACAGCCACUUGGGCAAAGAGGGAAACUGCUGUGUUUAAAUCAGCCCUGCACUUUAACCUCCCUCUUCUUAUCGUUACAUACAGGUGCACAGCGAGGUCAAAAGUUAGGGUUUGAAGAAAUGCACUGAACUACUUUACUUGUACAGUCUUUACUGGUGCAUGCUAAUGUUUGAACAUAUGCUAUAUGUUUCAUGGACUGUACAAGACUAGCUCAUUUCAAAAGCACAUUCGACACUACACAUACUGCACACAGUGGGUGUGCUUCAUGGUCUGUGUCACACUUCCUGGAGUUACAUGACUUGUUUUGCAUUUUUUCACAACUGCAGUCUAAAAGGUGCUUCCACAUCUCUCAUUUUGAGGCUCUUCCAACAAAUUUUCUUUUCACAUCCUCCUUUUACCUUUGAUAUGUAAUAAAUGUUAUUCAGUCAGAUUUUCAAUACCAGUCUGCACUAUUUUAUCAUACGUGUGUGUACGUAUGUGUGGCAUUAUUGUAACAAUUGUCCUAUGUUUUACAGACACACCAAGAUGCUGUACUGUACAUAUGCAUGGUAUGCACAUUUUAAUGUUUUGACACACAGGGCCCAGGCAGCACAUUCAUACAGUGACAUAGCUGCAUCUGUUAUAACUGGCAUUAUUUGAUGUGUGUUGGGAAAACGCACAGAGACACUUCAGAGAAAAACACAGUGUGGUUCCUGCUUUUUGAUUAUUCAAAGCCUAUCUCACAAAUGAGAGAAUACAAUCAUGAUAGCUUAUUGGUCAGGACGAUAAUAUUUGUGCUCCUCCAUUUCAAUAAAUGAGACAGAAAAAAUAUUAGAAACACCCUUCACCUUAAAACUUUUCUUAACAUGUAAGAGAAGCUGAACAAUGAGGUUUCCUAGAGAAAAAAAAAUCAGUCAAAGUCUGAAUGGGGCCCUCAGUGGCUAGUUGUUGCAUGUGAUCAUUUUUUCAGCAUGAAUGAAUGUCUACCACCAGUAUGGGCUAAACUGGCUUCUACUAAUAUCACAAAAAUGAAAGAUUGAAUUACAAAGUCAUAUUCAUAUAUUCAUAUUCAUUCUGGAACAAUUAUGAAAGCCCAGUGAAUAUUUGAUUAAAAUAGCUGUUUUAUGUGGAAAAUAUUCACACUAAACAACUGGUUAUUUUGUGAAGAGCUAUGCUUAUCUGUGAACUAUUCAGCAGUGAGAGCUCAUACUGAAGACACAAUCACUCUUAACAGUGUUAAAUUCAGUCCACUUGAUAUUCUUUGUUUUUUUUAUUAUUCAAUAUUAUGUGAGUUUAGAGCCAAACUACAGAUUCACUGCUCUAAGCACUGGCUGUUUCAUCUUGGUAUGUGGGAUCAUUCACAGAGAAUAGAAACGACCUCACUUGAACAUGACCUCUCUAUGUACAGUUUAAAGUGAUACAAGUUCAAUUUUUUUGUAAUUGUUUCAGUGUGUCUGUGCCGUGCUCUGUCCAUAUGCUGACUCCUGUUUGAACUGCACUAUGGCAGCUUCUCAGUACUCACAUAGAGCUGAAAUGUACUGAUUCUGAUGCAGGGGAUCUUUCUCAUGUAUCUGAUAAAUGUGUUGGAAGUCUUUACAUUUUACACAUGAUAGCUCUAAAGAAAUGGAAUGGGAAAUUUGCUUAUUUUUUGCUUUCUGGGAAUGAGAGAGAAAAUAAAAAUGGAUAUUAGCCUCACAUUGUAUUAAGCACAGAACUGGAGUUAGAACAUGGCUGGCCCAAUGUAGCAUAAAGAAGCAGGGGAACACAGCUAGCCUGGUUCUGCUGUCUAUCAAAGUUCAAAAACACCUCAAAUUCUCUAUAGCUCUCUUAUUAAGAUUUUGUACAUUAUUUGUUUACUCAAACAGAAAAGUAAGAAAACUUUUUUUUAAUAUUACCACUCUGGUAUCAAAAUUCUGAACAACUAAACUGACAUGAGAGAAACUGCUUUACAGUUUACAGAAAGUUAUAAGUCUACAUUUCACUCUCAAAAUGUCUUGGCCAACAAUCAAAUUUAUAAAUUUGAAUGAAAAUUAACUCUCAGAAUCCAAUAUUUCAGCUUUAUGCAGUACCUGUUCCCUUUACCGCACAAUCUUCCUUUUUGUGUGACCAGGGUGACCCUGAAAACACUUCAACUCUAGACAGAAGUUUUAAAUAUAUUUGCUGGACUCUUUUGGUCCAACGCCCUUGGAACAGAGGGUUAGUGUUAGAUUUUAGAGGGGUCACCUGCAGCCAAACACGCCUCUCUUCUCAGCCCUUACCACUGUGAUCUCACUUGGACUUUUGCUUUUCUAUUUUAUGUUUUUCUGUAUAAAUGUAUAUUUGAUGGUAUACUUGUUAAUUUUAAUUAUUUGUUAUACUGUUAUUGGAUUAUUUUGUAUAAAACAAGAAAAUGAAAAGUAAAGAAAACACAAACUGAAACUGAAUUUUGUUGUGUCUUCAA